AUGAACAAGGACAGGUCCCGGAUCUCGGCGGACGGCGGCGGCGGCGACGGCCUGCCGCCGCAGCCGUCGCGCCGCUCGGCGACUCCCCCGCCGGAGUACGACAUCAGCCGCAUGCCGGACUUCCCCACCAGGAACCCUGGCCACCGGCGCGCGCACUCCGAGAUCCUCAGCCUCCCGGACGACCUCGACCUCUGCGCGCCCGGGGGCGGCGACGGGCCCUCGCUGUCGGACGAGAACGACGAGGAGCUAUUCUCCAUGUUCCUCGACGUGGACAAGCUCAACUCGUCGUGCGGGCCGUCGUCCGACCAGGCGGAGUCGUCGUCAGCCGCUGCUGCCGGCGGGGGCGAGGCGGCCAGGGCGGGCCACGUGAUGAGGCCGAAGCACCAGCACAGCCAGUCCAUGGACGAGUCGAUGUCGAUCAAGGCCGAGGACCUGGUGGGGGCGCCGGGGAUGGAGGGGAUGUCCACUGUGGAGGCCAAGAAGGCGGUGUCCGCCGCGAAGCUGGCCGAGCUUGCUCUUGUCGACCCCAAGAGGGCAAAAAGGAUUUGGGCUAAUAGACAAUCCGCAGCAAGAUCGAAGGAAAGGAAAAUGCGCUAUAUUGGUGAACUUGAGCGCAAGGUGCAAACCCUGCAGACAGAAGCAACAACAUUGUCAGCCCAGUUGUCAUUGCUACAGAGAGAUACCAGUGGGCUAACAAGUGAGAAUGGUGAAUUGAAGAUACGUCUGCAGAACAUGGAGCAGCAAGUCCACCUACAAGAUGCUCUAAAUGACACCCUGAAAACGGAGGUUCAGCGGCUGAAGGUGGCAACAGGCCAGACGGGCAACGGUGGGGGGAUGCUGAUGAACUAUGGCGGCAUGUCACAGGCGCCACACCAAUUCGGAAGCAACCAGCAGAUGUUCCACAACAACCAGUCCAUGCAGUCUCUGCUAGCGACACACCAGCUGCAACAGCUCCAGCUCCAUCCACAGCCCCAGCAGCAGCAGCAGCCGAUGCGCCCUCAGCACCACCACCACCACCACCAGCAGCCACUGCACCUGCUGCAGGCACAGCAGUUCCAGCAGGCAGCGCGCGACCUCAAGAUGAAAGGGCCGAUGUGGGGUGACGGGAAGUCGUCGGGAAGCGGCGGCAUCUGA